AUGUUUGUCACAAUCGUGUUGUUGCUAAUUUGCAUAUGUGCUCUAGCUGCCUAUCUAUUGACAUUAAAAUCCCGUCACGAUUAUUUCGUGCGUCGCAACAUUCCUGGUCCACGGCCGAAGUUUUUUUUCGGUCACUAUCUUACACUGUGGAAUACACCAUCGUAUUCUCGUACAAUUCAAGGAUGGAAUCGUCAGUAUGGUCCAAUCUAUGGUCUUUUCGAAGGAACACGCCCGAUGUAUGUCGUAUCAGAUGUUGAGUUUUUGCAAGAAGUGUUCAUCAAGCAGUUUUCAUCGUUUCAUUCACGUCGUAACCACUUUUUGCAAUCCAUCCUACAAAAGAAAGGAUCAAAUUUAUUUUCUGCAAAAGCCAAUCAGUGGCGCCGCCAACGACACGUUAUAAAUCCAACCUUUACAACAUUAAAAUUGAAAACAAUGACUCCUCUGAUGAAUAAAUGUAUUGAAUCGAUGAUGUCAAAAUUAAACGAGACUAACUGCAAAGAAUUCAAUAUAUACGUCAUGUAUAAACGACUGACAAUGGAUGUCAUAUGGCAUUGCGCAUUCGGCAUUGAUACUGACAUGCAAAAUGACAUAAACAAUAUCUAUAUGCAAAAAUCGAUGGCCUGCUUUGCAACUGAUGCCGAAAAAGUAUUCAUAGUGAAAUUGUCCAAUGUGAUGCCGUUUCUUAUUCCUCUAUUAACUCGAGUUAUCAACAUUCGUAUUAGCGUCGUCAAUCAAUUGCGUACAUUAUUGCCAAAACUGAUGCAUGAUGUAGAUGAUAUUCCAGCUUUGUGGAUUAUUAAGCAAGUGGAAAAUGUUGUCAAAGAGCGAUUAACAUCUGGGAAAAGACAUGUGGAUUUACUUCAGUUGAUGUUAGAUGCAGCAACAUACGAUGAAAUCAAGGAACAUGAUACAGAUGAACUUACAUCAAAGCAUCUUCACUACACGGAAGUAGUGAUGAAUGUCUUUCUAUUUAUGUUGGCUGGCUUUGAAACGACUUCAACUUUCCUUGCAUAUUCUACCUAUGUUUUGGCGACAAGAUCUGAUAUUCAGAAUAAAUUACAGAUAGAAAUCGAUGAAAAUUGGCAAGAAGAUCAAGAACUUGAUUAUGAGAAAAUAGUAGAUAUGGAAUAUAUGGACUUGUUCAUCCGAGAAGUAUUAAGAAUGUAUAGAUCAUCGGGUCGAGCAAGUACGCGAAUUAGUAAUCAGGCAACAACCAUUUGUGGACAUCAGAUUGACGAAGGUUGCGUAAUCUUAGCAGAUGUUGCUUCUAUUCAUUACAAUGCUGAUUUAUGGGGACCUGACGAUCCGAAUGUUUUCAUUCCCGAACGACACAAGACUAAGCGUCAUCCUCUUGCUUACAUGCCAUUUGGUGUUGGACCUCGUAACUGCGUUGGAAUGAGAUUUGCCUUGAUGGAAUUGAAAAUGUGCUUGACACGUGUGCUACAUAAAUACAAUAUUCUGCCAGGUACAAAACUAGACAUUGGCAUGACUCGGCAAGAGUCAUUCAUAGUAACUCCGGAAGCAAUCAAUAUCAGACUUGAAAAACGAGAACACUAA